AUGGCGCAAGCAAGGAGCUACCAGCAAGAAAGAGGUGACGGAGGAGGAGAUAUUGAAACGAUUUUGUCUGAACUUAAUAGUGCAUAUCCAGAACAACCAGUCAUCUCUCCUGACCCGUCAGAAAAAAGAACGAAGCAGAACAUGGACAACGAAGCACCCGAGCAAGUGCCAACACUAGCUUCCAGCAGGGAGGGCAACAAAAAGCAAGUGACUGGCAGCAGAAAAGAGAGGCCAUCAGAAACCAAGACUGUCGUUCCUCCUAGAGCAAAAAGACAAAAGAGAAAGGACAAAACUCAACUCAUCAGCGACGGUGCUACCUUGCAGCAGCAGCAGCAGCCAAGUCCUCUAAUGAUGCUCCCGCCAGCAGUUCCACGCGUCGAGAAUGAACUAACUAAAGCCAAGAAGAAAAACAAAAGACAACGGUUGGAAGAAGACGGGGAUGAUGCCAGCAAAGAGUCAAAGCGUGAUGCUGCCGACGACGACAAUGGCACAAAACAUGCUGUAGGGGACAAUGGUGGCGCCGCAGAGGACAACAACGAUGAUGUACAACCAAGACAGAAGCGCACAAAGAGGAGAAAGACAAGUGGAAAAGAAUUGGCAUCACCAACGGAUGAUGAACAGGAGGCAACAACAAAUAAGGACAAAUGCGAAAUCAAGGCAGGAGCAGCAUUUGAUCAGGUCAAUAGAGCAUGGGAAUUACUUGAAGAACGUCACCGACAAGAUGUUAGGACAGAAGGGUUUGGAAGCAUAGAGAAAUGCCAAACAAAGCGCUCCAUCUGCAAACCACUUGCAGCACACAUCUACGACAACUUGGACACUGAAAGCAUGACAAUAACGUUUGGUGAAGCUGAUUAG